UGAGCCUCCCAGAUGUCAGCGCUGCCUUCUCAUCACGGAACUGAGCAGACCCAGCCCUAAGAAAGUUCUUAGCCUGCUGAGGAGAGGCAGAAAUAGGUGGUUCCCAUGAGGCCAUGUCAGAAGGAGGGGGAGAAGGCGAGUCAGCGGUAGGCCGGGCUAGAAAACAGAACCCGGACUCGCGACCUAUUUAGUGCUGUUGAAGGGGGGAAGGCGGAGCGACAAUUAUCGCGCCGGGCCGACUGCGGCUGCGCAGAACCACACUUCCGGCCCCGCCCCCAAGCCCCUGCGGAAAGUUUGUCAUGGCGGCCGGGCUGUUAGGUUUGUGCUCUCGCCGCCUUUUGGGUGGACUGGCGACUCGAGGGCGCCUGGUGGCCCCUGUCCGCUGGGAAUCCAGCUCUUCCAGGGCUGUGAUCGCCCCGGCGGCCCUGGCGAGAAAGCGGGUGCCUCCAGCGACUGUGCAUUGGCAGGAGGACCCGGAUCCCGAGGACGAAAACCUCUAUGAGAAGAACCCAGACACCCAUGGCUUCGACAAGGACCCUGUCAUAGACCUCUGGAACAUGCGGGUUGUCUUCUUCUUCGGCUUCUCUAUCGUCUUGGUCCUUGGCACCGCCUUUGUGGCUUACCUGCCCGACACCAGUGCGCAGGACUGGGCUCGCCAGGAAGCUGAGAGGCUUGUGAAAUACCGGGAAGCCCACGGUCUCCCCCUCAUGGAAUCCAACUACUUUGACCCCAGCAAGAUCCAGCUUCCAGCUGACAAGGACUGACCGACUACCAGAAGGAACUCGAGACGCCCCUACCCUCCCUUCUGCCUUCUCAGAGUGUUUAAUUAAAGGGACUGAAGUUC